UCUAUUGCGUAUAGAUGGUGCAGGGCGUCAACCUUAGCUCGCCGCAUUCGCCAUCACACUUCCGGUUUUUUUCUUUCUCACGCGUGUGUUUCUGCUGUAUUUCUUUGUUUUCUCCAUCUUCUCAGUACCUACGCGUAAUCGACACUAAAUUCUCGGCAUGAAGGUUGAAUCUAGCACGCAACUCUGGUAGCAUAAGGUGAAAGCAUUCAUUGCUGUUUGAUUCCUUGGGGUAUGCUCGAGCGGCUCCCGUCAUGCCUCGAAUCCGGCGGACGUCUUCUACGAGCUUCAGAACGUCGCGUUACAACGAAGAGGACGCUUCAUUACGCAUUUCUGCAUCAUGGAGUCGGUGACCUCUCUCUAUCCGCCGGGUGGGCAAACCAGGGAGUUUCAGUAUCAGGAUCAGCACCGACUUCUCCAGACGUCUCCCGGGCGCGGAAUGGCAUUGAAGCGCAGUCAAGUCAAAGCUCUUCAAUGCUCGAUUUCUUAUACCCACCGCUUACGAGGGCCUAUAUGCAAAGCCUAUCGCCUUUCCAGUGGACGCAGCGUGAGGACCGAGGAUCAAGAAGAAGAGGGACAAGCAGUAAUCGGUAUUUCUCCUCUCUGGCCGGGGGCGCAGUCGAAAAGGGAAAGAGUGAAACACAAACAGAAACGCAGUCCUUUCGUAGCGACCCGCUCAGCGCUCUGAAAAACGUACUUGCUGCCGAACAAAAUGAGAGUAACGUCGAAUUGGCCUGGCAACUGUACAAAUUACUAGACCCGUCUGACCGCACCGGCACUUUACUUGUGGAGCUUGUAGAUUUCUUCUCGGGUUCCACUCGCCUUGUAGAAGCAGAUCGCAUUCUGUCUAUCUUUGAAUCUAUUGCCAGGGAUCUUCGACGGCCUUCUACAUAUCGAGCAGCAAUAACAUCGGCACUCAAGAUACGGGUCGCAGGCCGGGCGCUCGAUAUCCACCAAGAAGCUGCAGCCCGAUCGACCGAACCCAACUUUGGAACGGACAUCCUCCUUGCCCGAAUGAUUUACGAUCGACAGUGGGACUUGGCAUUUCGCAUCUACAGCUCUUAUACGGAAUUCAUGAGGCGAAAUCCAACAUGUACAGCCCCUUCAGUAUUUGAGUAUGCACAACGAAUACCAAGCCUCGAAAUCUAUCUCGAGCAUCUCCUGAAACACACUUCGAAAUACCAAUUACAGUACGCCGCAACUGGGAAAACGCCAAUCACACAAGCAUUCGUCCGGGGCUGUACCGAGGCUGCCAUAUCACAACUACCAGCUACUACACCAAAAUCUGACCACCACUGGCGUGCGAUUUUCAAGCGCCUGCAACGACAAGGGCUCUCGGAGAAGAAAUACUAUGAGCACGUCAUUCUCCUUGAGAUGGAACAGCCGAGGAAUACUUGGAACGUAUCGAGGUGGAUGCUACCGUGGACCCUAUACAAUCAAUAUAUCACCGAAGCGAAGAGGAAACCAGUCGGCGAUGCAUUCGGCCCUUCGGAACGGCUAAUUGAAGAUGGAUUUGUGCCUUCGAAACGAUUCAUGCAUCUUGUGUUGCAUCGUUACUGCCGAUACCACUACGAAAAGCCUCUGACUGAACAUGGCCGUGAGAAGGACAUCAGGGCGAAGUUUGGAGACGAUAAGACGAUCAUCAUUCGACCUGAAGGAUUCAGAGGUAUCCGACCUAAAGGAUGGGGCUAUGAUCGUUUGCGAAAGUCAAAAUCCAAUUGGAACCAAGUCAUAACUGGAAAGCGGUUAGCAGAUGAUUGGUGUCAUUUCUACGGAUCUCUCGACAAGCUCUGUCUGUGGAGGCUCGCCAAACUCUACACCGAGCGCGGCGGCGCCGAAGAAGUACUGGAUUACACAGCACAACUGGUAAAGCUGUGCGGUAAAUUGACCACACGUGAUGGACUACGUUUGCUACAAGUAUACGAAGCGCAAGCCAAUCCAACCGGUGCACAGGAGCAAUUCGACCGCCUGCAAACCGAAUUCGGAACGGUUGCGACCCCACAGCACUACCUUCACUUAAUCAAUGCGUACACACGAGCCGGGGAUAUGAAUGGAGCAUACAAUGCAUUGGAACAAAAUAUGUCGUCGUCUCAGAAGCCCUGGGCCGGAUCAUUUCAAGCAGUUGCAAGGCUUGCUGCUGAAGUUGGCGAUGUCAACAUGGUUUAUGACAUUUUGAAUCAUGCACAAAAUCUGAAGAUCGACACCAGUGUCCGUAUGUUUCGCUCGACUUUGAUACACGCCCACAUCAACGAUGGCAACGUUGAGGCGGCAGAACGCGAAGCUCGAGAAUUCACAGAGUCGGUAGCUAUUGAUUAUCCCCGAGAGGAGCUGGCGUUGAUCUGGAACCCACUGCUGGUACACUUUGCGUUGAAGCCCGAGAUGACCUCGGUGGCUCGCGUUUAUCAAGAGAUGCAAAAAAAUGAAAUACCUCUUGAUACUUGGGGCUAUGCUGCUACGAUGCGGUCUUUAGUAUCCGUAAGACUUCCUCACCAGGCUUUCAAGAUCAUGCGUCAAGCCAUGCACAAGAAACAAUUAAGACCUAAAGCUUUCCAUUAUUGUAUCUGUAUUCUGGGCUUCAUCAACAUAAGGAACCCUGAGACAGCGCUUGAGAUUUACAUGAAAAUGCUUAAGCUCGGUAUACCCGAGACCUCUUACUCUAAGGCCCUCUAUAUCAAGGCUAGAUUAGCCUUAGAAAAAAAACAGAUCAGACUCGAGGGGUCAGGAAUCCUCGCCGAUAGGCGACUCCACGAAAUCCCGGGUGAUUGGGUCAAAAAAAUGGAAGGAGGUCAGCUGUGGUCUAUAGACAAUUACAGAAACAAGACCCGAUCACACCUCACUCAAGAAGAAAGGUUGCAGGAGUUUCUGAAAGACAUCAACGAGGUUAUGGAUAGCUCUAAUCCGCGUGAUAAUUCACUGCGCGGCCCACGACUGGCAACACCUACAGGUAUGGGUCCUCAGCAAGUUGUCUCUGAAGCCUACUACAAAAGCAUCGUAACGAUCUACGGGGCACACAACGCCUUUGAACUCGUUCGUGAUCUCUUCGAUACCUUAAUCCAAUCCGCCGAACCAUCAGAGAAUCCCGCAUACGAGCCGUCCCUUAUGGUGCUAGAUAGCACCAUGGAGGCCUAUCGAAGCCAGCAGGAUUACAAAUCUGUGUGGAAUUGCUGGCAGCUUAUACGCGAUUAUGCAGACAGACUAAUUGGCAGAACCAGCUUGCUCGAGUCUCCUUUGCGCCCAAGCGAUGAAACUCAAUCCAUUAACAUCGUGGGUAGGCUGACGCGCGACGAUGACAAUCUACCGCAAGAAGUGGUACGCCUUAGGGAUCAUGGUGACACGUCCUUGAUCACAGUAAACCUCACCCACUUGGUGGAGUUCAUACCACGAAUUGUUGAGGAGUCUAAACGGCGGCGCCUCCUGAUGAAGAGCGCCGAUCGCUACAUAGCAAGUCUCAUGGAGCAAAACAAGUUCAAUGCCGCCAUUAUGGAGUUCUUCCGCAUUCUUCUCCAAGGAUACGUUCUUAGCAACGACUCUUGGAAUAUGGCCAUCGAGAUGCUUGUUCAGACGGGCCGUCCGCGCGAAGCUUUCACACUUUGCGAACAGUAUCUCAUGCCGCGCUUUGUCCGCUGGUUCCAUAAAAUUCCUCCCGCAUGGGAAGGCGGUCGCAGCUACAGAUUCAUGAAGACGCGAAAGGCUGAGCGCACACGUCCUUGGGGACUUCGACCAAAAUACCGCACGAUGAUAUUUUUGGCAAAGGCACUCAUGGAUGCAAGGGAGCUGCCGCACACCCAUCAUCACGAACCCCAUCCCUUUGAUGAACACUCCCAUCCAUCUGCAGAAGAUCUGACGGAGCUGGCGCCAUUGACUGUUAAGGCUUUGGAUGAAAUGCCACUGGUCAGUGGCGACGAGCUGCAGAUGAAAUAUUUAGGUAUAGAGUAGGUAGUUGUACAUUAAAUCAUCCCCAUGAACACUUGUAGAUAGAAAAACUUGUAUAUAUGUUCAAACAGGGUAUCAAGUGGUGCUCAUCGAGCGCUUCACGGUAUCUCCCUAAUUCAAACGCCCCGAUCCAGUGACAC